UUUCCCUCUCUUCCCUCUCUUCCCUCCCAUUCCUAAAACCCUACUCAGCUGCACGCGCUCUCUCCCACGGUGCCCUCUCGCUCUGCACUUCCUCCGAAGAUGCUCGCUCGCUUCCUCCCCAGACCAUCCAAUCUCCGUCUACUCUCGAUCGCCACCUCGAGGCUCCGCUCCAAUCCCCCUCCGCCGCACCCUCACGUAGCCUCCCUCCUCCGGCGCUUCUCCACCGGUCGCGGCGACGGCAAUGGCGGCGACUCCAGAGAUCCCUCGCUCCCCGAUCCCUGGAAGCUCUCCGGCGACGGAGAUGCGAAGUUCGACCGCCUCUUCUCGGAAGACACGGGCAGACUCGCGGGAUUUCCCGACGGCACAGUCGGCGAGGAGGAUUCGUGGCUGAAGGAGGGAGAAACGGGAGAGAAGAACGUCGGCAAAGACGACGGAUGGCUCACGGCUGAGGGAUAUAGGCCGUGGAGUUUGUCGGAGGAAGGGAGAGACGACGGCUUGUUUGAUGUUGGGGAAGGUGCACAGGCUUUUGGCGAUGAUGUUGGUGUGGGAGCUGACGCUGUGAAGACUGAUAGGAGCGAGGAGGAGGAGAAGCUUGAGAAAGAAGAACAAGAACUCAUUCCAGUACUCAAAGGUCCAAAUCGUGCGUUUGGCGACCUUAUUGCAGCAUCUGGAAUCACAGAUGCCAUGCUGGACAGUCUGAUUGCUCUCAAGGACUUUGAGGGGAUUGACGGCUUGCCACCUUUAAGGGAAAUCGAAGACAUACGAUAUGAGAAGAACACGACAAAAUCCAGUAGAGCAGAAAUAGAGCGCUUGAAGCAGGAGGAAGUCGCGAAGGCAAGAGUGAGGCAAGUAGACGACAAAGAAAGGGCUUAUGGAACAGGAAGAAGGAAGUGCAGCAUAGCACGCGUCUGGGUUCAACCUGGUGAUGGCAAAUUCACGGUGAAUGAAAAGGAAAUCGAUGUCUAUUUCCCCAUGCUUGACCAUCGUGCUGCUCUGCUUCGACCUUUCUCCGAGACAAAGACUUUGGGCCUCUGGGACGUCAACUGUACCGUGAAAGGAGGCGGUGUCUCGGGUCAAGUUGGAGCAAUUCGAUUGGGGAUUAGCAGGGCCUUGCAAAACUGGGAGCCUGGUUUACGUCCUUCUCUUAGAUCUGCUGGUUUCUUGACGAGGGAUCCGCGGGUGGUGGAAAGGAAAAAACCAGGCAAAGCAAAAGCGAGGAAGAGCUUCCAGUGGGUCAAGCGGUGACCAGAAAAACAAUUUUUUCUCUGCACACCACUGGCUUCAAGCACAACUUCAGUUUUGCCGCUGCACAAUGACAUGUCGAGAUUAAUUUGUGUGCUAGGAAUUUUUUGUAUGGUAGCGCGCACGCCCCAUGCAAGCUUGGCUACUGGGCAUAAGAGCGAUGCAGAAUGUUAAUUAACUUGGAAGCUAGUGGCGUUGUGGGAAAGCUUGUAUCUUGCCUGCUUGGGCUGUUUUCUGCAGCAACCGUUGCGUGAAGAACAUCGAGAAUCGACCAUUGGAUUUGUGCUUCUCAUGGCUACAUGAUGAAAUGACCAGUACUCAUCAUUGACGAAUUAUCAGAAGUUGCCUCUGUUUGAUGUCUCAAUGCUGUGGUCCUUGGAUGGUCUGAUGAUGCUGUAGGGUUGAACUUUGAUGUAAUGUAACGGAGUUGCAUAAUAAAAACGACAUGGGCUCAAUGCCAUAAGUUCGAAUAAACGUCUUUAGUUCUGUUCUA